GAGAUGUUGUUAUCAUAUUAUAUCGUUCUUUUUGCAUUUGGGUUUUAUGGGAGAACAUUAUCACUAGAAUGUUCAAGUUGCUCUGGUGUCCUUGACAUGCAAGAAUGCAACACAACGAUAUCUUGCUCAGAUGGACAGGUUUGUUACAAAAAAACGGGAAUAUACUGGAAAAGUCCAGUUUGACUUUGGAUGUGUUGAUAAACAACAUUGUGGUGAGUUUGCCAAAAUACCAAAUGGAAGGAUGGCUAUGAGCAUGGCAGACAGUCAAACACAGUACUGUUAUGAGUGUUGUUCAACUGAAAACUGUAACAGAAAUAUGUGUGAUCAUACACAUCAUUCUUCUUGUAUUGAUGAUGAAUCAUUUGAUUGUGCUCUGUUAAACUCUAUGUUCAGCAUCUGCAAGAAUAUUGAGAAAGCAAAGCGGAUCUGCCCAAAAUAUUGCGAUCAGUGCCAUGUGGUUGAUGGGAAUUGGUCUCCAUGGACGCCAUGGUCAGUGUGCGACGUCUCAUGUGAAAAUGGAACCCGUUCGCGUGUCCGUUCAUGCACAAAUCCAGCGCCACAAUAUGGCGGUCUUAAUUGUAGUGGAGAUAGCGUUGAAUUCAAAUUGUGUCACAGGCAACUCUGUCCUGUACAUGGAGACUGGAGUGAAUGGGUAGAAUGGAGUUCAUGCUCCGCAACUUGUGGAGUAGGGAUGCAGAGUCGCACUAGGACUUGCACUAAUCCUAUUCCAGAUCGUUUUGGGGACCAUUGUUUCGGACACAGUCUUGAAGAUAGGUUGUGUUAUCCAGGAUGGUGUGCAAAUAUUUGGUCAGACUGGCAAUCUUGGAGUUCAUGUAGCCAAGACUGUGGGGAUGGUUUUCGAACACGAUCUAGGACAUGCUCGAAUCCAUCACCCUUCAUAUCAAAAGGCACUUGCACUGGGAAUUCCACAGAUAUUGAUUCUUGUAACAAUGAAAAAUGCAAUUCAACCGACUGCUAUGAAGUACUCAGGAAACAGAACAAUGCUGGAAGUGGGGUGUACUCAGUAGCAUUGUGGAAGUCCAAGCAAACGAUACAGAUUUACUGCGACAUGAAAACUGAUAACGGCGGCUGGACUGUUUUCCAAUAUCGCUUUAAUGGGAGUGUUGAUUUCUACAGAAAUUUUACGGAAUAUGAAAAUGGAUUUGGUAAUUUGGAAACAGAGUUUUGGCUAGGUCUUAAAAGUGUUCAGGAAAUGGCAUCUCAAGGUAAAACUGAGUUAAGACUGGAUCUAACGGCGGCUGAUGGUACUACUGUUUAUGAAACUUUUCAGAACUUCUAUCUUGACGAGGGCCCAAACUAUACUCUUCAUAUAGAUCCUGGAACGGGCACAGCAGGUGAUAGCGAGGGGUUGUCGUAUAAUAAUGGUCACCAUUUUUCAACUUACGACGUUGACCGUGAUAGUACAUCUUCUAAAAAUUGCGCUGUCAAUCGCCAUGGAGGGUGGUGGUACAAAAGCUGCUCCUACGUCAACCUGAAUGGAGAGUAUGUAACACCAGGAACAGUGCGACCCGGCGAGGCAUGGGGCGGAACGGUCUACUCCUCAUUUCAACAUACGAGAUCGCUUAAAGUCGUAAAAAUGAUGUUCCGGCGAGUUUGAAAUCAAGGUGGCUGACAUUUUAUUCAGGAAGCAAUUUUCAUUUCAAAAUCAUUUAGGGAGUUAACACGUGAUAUUCAUGACGUAUACUCAACGCAAAUGACGACGCACCGUUUUUGCUAGUUUUAGUUUCAAAGGGAAUGAUCUGGUGUUGAUACCCUUGAUUCCACGAGCAUGAAACCUCUAAAUAACAUCUGCUCAUAAUCAUUCUUCUGUCAUUCAAUAUUUGAAUAAUGUAAAGAACUUGUUUUGGUAUGGUUUUAAGCAUAUAAGAUAUCUACGUUCAAUUUUUACAUGUACAUAUUCCUUUCCAGAUUUGUUUUCAUUUUCAAUUUUAAAGAUAUAUAUCACGCUUGUGUGUACGUGUGCGCGUGUGUGUGUUCUGAUCAACGUUUUAUUCUGCAAUUUUUAUACGCCCGAAGGGACAUAUUAUGUUAUACCACCGGUGUCCGUCCGUCAAUCCACCCGUCCGCCCGUCUGUCUUUCUGUUUGACCGUCCGUCCGUUAGCAAUUUCGUGUCCGCUAUAUAACUCUCGAACCCCUUUAAGGAUUUCGAAAAAACUUGACACAAAUGUUUAUCACACCGAGACAACGUGCAGAGCGCAUGUUCGGGAUGGCUCGCUUCUAGUCAAGGUCACACUUAGGGUCAAAGGUCAUAUGACUAUGCUUCGUGUCCACUCUAUAACUUUUGGAUUGCUUGAAGGAUUUUAAAAACGCUUGACACAAAUGUUCACCACAUCCAGACGACGUGCAGAGCGCAUGCUCUGGAUGGCUCGCUUCAAGGUCAAGGGCACACUUAGGGGUCAAAUGUCAUUCCUUCGGGCGUUUAUUGCUCUGCAUUGCGGUGUUUAAAAAUGAGGUCUACUUGUAGCAGUGAGCACAAUACCCUAUUUUAAAGUGCUGCCUCUCCGGAAGAUCACACCGUAAACACGUGACAUGAUUGUCACCCAGUCACAAUAUCCUGACACCAGGCUGGCCAGUCCAUGCACAAUCCUCCACAGGCUGAGCGCCAAGCGAGAAAAAGCUAAUAGCACCAUUUGUUACUUCUUUGGUCAGCGAUCGAACCAACGACCUUCCGUACUCGAUGCUGACGCUGUACCACUAGGCUACCGAGGCGAUUAUUCAGUGAUGGCAGUAUAUACAUAUUAAUUACUUCUUACUAUAUUAAAAAAAUCCAAAAAUACCAUGCAUUAGCUUCAGCGUUUUCAUGAUCACAUUUUAUAUUUUGGGAAAAUACUGAAGAAUUUAUGUUACUUUCAUAGAUACAGUUUAAUGAUUACAUAAUUAUUGCCAGCAUUAGAUUCUAAACUUGUGAUUUACCUAAUGAUAAGAUCAAUAUAUAUAUGGCUUAGUUGGUAAACUGAAAAACAAGUUUGACUAUUGUAUAGGAAUUAUACAGUUUUUGGUGUAUAUUUCAUAAGCCCUCGGAAUAUGUUGGUGACCUACCUGUAUCGGUCGGGGUCACGCAAAAACGUUUCGAGAUUCUGCAGACGUUGGCUAUCGUUGAAGAAUACACCACACAGAGCCUAAAUGCGUCGUUUUUUAAAUUGUUCUAGGAUUCUAGUACUUAAAAAUCUUUACGUUCAUAUUUGUAUGUCAACGUUUUUCUAAUGUCUAUAACAAACAGUUAUAUUUAAUAUUUAAAACAAAGAUCAUUAUACUUUCUUUCUCAAAACAUCCUCGCUGCUGUUAUGUUUGUCAGAUUCAGAUUCUAGCAUAUUUCUUUCUAAAUUCUAAUACAAUGUAGGAUCAAACAUAUGUAUUUUUGUUAUAACACGCACGUGCAGUGGAACUAAUUUCGGCUCCUAGUAAAUAUAUUUAUUACUUACAUGCCGUGUAAACGGCGCUUGUCUGUAGUUAAGAAAAAUGAACAAGUUAGAAGUAUAAAACUGUUAUCUAAAAUAAGAAUUGAUAUUAAAUAAACUGGUAGAGGAAUGUAAAUAUUGUUAUUUCUUAAGUUUAUUUGUUUGAGCUUUUAUAAUUCAUUCCCGAGCCUUUGACAGUCUAUGAAAAACAAAGACAAAUAUCAAACAGGGAAUGCCACGUACCAAAAACGCAGCCUCCCCAAAACGAAAC